AUGGCCGCCACUCUUGCCGAAAAGAGCCCCCGGACAUGGAGCUCGCGACUUUCGUUUCUUCACACAAAGAGAGCGCUGGCUGCAUUAUCGCUCCUGGUCACUGUAGCCAUCAUACUCAUUGCACUUGCCGCAACACACACAAUUGGCAGCAGCUCUUCCUCGACAUCAAAGCAGGCGGAAUCUAAUAAUAGCACAAACAGCAGCUCCAGUACUGACUCUGGUCAAGCAAACUCUACUACAUCGCAAACGAGUGGCGAGUACGCUGGAAGCAUCGCAGAUGGCACCCCUCUCAGAGUAAUGUGCCUUGGCGCAUCAAUCGUCAAGGGCGAGACAUCUCCCGGCACGGUUGGCUUUCGAAAGGUGCUUCGGGACGACCUCGUCGGAUUCGGGGUACCAGUAAACAUGGUCGGUUCGGUUCGGCUGGGCGACAUGAUUGAUAAUGACCUGGAGGCAUACGGCGGUAAUCUCAUUACCCAAAUUCACGACCACGCCACACACAUUGUCCCCGAAGCACUGCCAAAUGUUUUCGUCAUCAAUGUCGGGACAAACAACAUUCUCCAAAACAUCGACAUUGACAAGACGGGCGAGCAAAUGGAAGACUUUAUCGACUAUCUGCUCGAGACAUCGCCGAGGUCUUUUGUCAUUAUGAGCACUCUCUUGACCAAUAAUGUAUCGGGUGGUGCCCUCGAACCAAACGUCCUGGACAUCAACGGGCAGUAUCGGAGCCUGAUGACAAGGUUCGAAAACAGUGGCAAGCCAGUCGUGUUGGCGGAAAUGCACCCAAGCGAAGGGGGAGGAGACGAGGUGCCUCAGCUUGCGGAUAUUGGGCCUGACGGAUCGCAUCCUUUGGUGAGCGGUUACGAAAAGAUGGGGCAUAUCUUCUCCCAGGCAGUAAAGACCGCCGACUCGAAAGGAAUGAUUCAAAUCGCGACAGACAAUGGAUAUCCUGAUGAUGGAGAGGCGGAGAGGAGCAGUACCAAACGGCUAAGGCACCGUUAG